AUGCGCCCUCUUCAAAUUCUCAUUCUCGUCUUGCAAGGCUCACUUGCCGCUGAGGCAGCUAGCUGGACGUUGCACAAGUCUUGUUACAGAAAGGAAAUCUUCGAGAACGGUGAUUCAACGAAGAAGAUCACUGUGGACGACAAGGAAUUGGAGAAUGCCAUUAUCAAAGGCGUCGAAGACGCCAAAGCGUGGGCGGCAGCCGCCGCUUCCCACAUUAAAGACUCACUGAGCAAAAUCCCCACGAAGGGUCGGACUGUUAAGGCUGCCCUAGAGCCCCUUGUUGGGAAGGGUAACUACAAUACAGCCGCAACCGACGUCAAGUUGAAGUUCGACCAAAUCGCCAAUAUGAAUGGUCCUAUCGGCAGGGACGGCGGUGAGAAUACGAGAUAUGAUGAGUCUCCAGCUUGGUCACGUCUUGAAAACUCCGAUGAUCAUUUCCUUGACUUUAUCAUCACUUGUCGACCAGAAAUCACUUGGAGAGAUGAUAUUAACGCUUUCAACCCUGACAAAGUCCCGUAUGAUAUGGUGCGAUCAGCUCGACUCACAAAUCCCCACGACUUUGUCAAUUUCCUCAAACAAGAAGAAGCGCCAGGAGAGUGGACUAAGGUACAGGGCGUUAGAGUCAAGGCCGUUACUGCGCGUGAUCUGAACACGCCAACCAGUCAGCGUUUGAGAGUCCCCGAAUCGAUCAACUUUCACCCCCUGUGGAUCAAAUUCCAGCGCAGUAGAGGAUUCGUAGAUUGGACGCAGGAAACACUCAACAAAGUCACAGCGAAAACAGCCCCCGAUGAGUUUCGAGAGAUCAGUGAGAGGGAGAAAAAGGAUAUUCGCCCAGUGGAUGGCUUGCUUCGAGACUGCUUCACAACGAACGUUUUGCAUGAGUUCUUUCAUCUGACGUUCUUUGGAGCCAUGUUUGACGAUAUGGAUCUCGCUUACGGAUGGGCUAAUAACGUCAAAGCCAAGAAUCGCGAGAACCCCGACUUGUAUUCUCUCAUUGCCGCGGUUAUUCAUUUGCUCUACAAAGAAGGAACGAACUACAAGGUGACGGCAGAGGGCCAUGUAAAAGUCAAGGCGCCCUGA